UCUGUUAAAAAAAAAGUCUAUUAGCUGCGCCUAAUCAGUCUCUGUGUGCGCAACCACACGUAAACUCGCAUCUUUUCAACUGCUCUGUGUUUUAUAUAUAUACAAAGGGACUUGGUGAUCUCAUCUCAGUGUAGCUUUUAAGCUUUCGAAGAUAGAUAACCCAAUUGAAGAAGAAACCAAAGUCUUUUCCCUCAGAAUCUCUUACCUUCUCAGGUUUCUCUCUCUCCUUCACGGGUUUCCCUAAAUUCUCGUCCUUUUUGUGCGAAAAAGUUUUGUAAUAUGACAGGAGGAGGAGCUAUGUCUCUUUUAUCCAAGUUACGGUGUAUCACAGUAGAUGUUACAGGCACACUCAUAGCUUACAAAGGAGAGCUUGGUGAUUACUAUUGUAUGGCUGCUAAAGCCAUUGGCUUGCCCUGUCCUGAUUAUAAACGUGUCCACGAAGGUUUCAAACUUGCUUACACAGACAUGGCUCAAAAGUAUCCUUGUUUUGGUUUCUCUGCUAAAAUACCAAACGUUGUUUGGUGGAAAACCGUUGUCAGAGAUUCAUUUGUCAAGGCUGGAUAUGAGUAUGAUGAGGAGACGUUUGAGAAAGUAUUUAAACGAAUCUAUUCAACGUUUGGUUCUGCUGCACCUUACUCUGUGUUUCAAGAUUCUCGACCUUUCUUGAGAUGGGCACGCCAGAAAGGUCUUAUAGUUGGACUUGUUAGCAACGCUGAGUAUCGAUAUCAAGAAGUUAUUUUACCUGCCUUAGGUUUGAACAAGGGAGAGUGGGAUUUUGGUGUGUUCUCUGGUAUUGAAGGGGUAGAGAAACCAGAUCCGAGAAUUUACAAGUUGGCGUUAGAGAGAGCUGGGAACAUUGCUCCUGAAGAGGUUUUGCAUAUUGGAGAUAGUAUGCGUAAAGAUUAUGUUCCGGCAAAGAGUAUUGGGAUGCAUGCUUUGUUGCUUGAUAGGUUUAAGACAGAAGCUGCUAAAGACUGGAGGGAAGCUGGAGCUAUUGUGCUUCCUGAUUUGGUUGCUGUUCAACAGCUUUUGGAGUCUGAUAAGUUGAAAUGUUAA